AUGGUAGCAGUUAUAGCGGGCAAUUCACCGCAAUAUCAAAAAGAAAAUGAGACGUUGACCACGCCCACAAAUACCAUAACCAUUCUAAGAAGAAGCAGCUAUGAUAUUGAGGUCAUUCCGAAGGCCAUAUCCGAAGCGGUUGGCGUGAAACGAAACCGCCUCCGCUCGCUCAUCCAGGAAACAUCUGCCUACCGUAGUCGUAUAUCACUAAUGUGCACUUCGCCUGUGAGAGGCCGCCGAAGACUCUGGGGAGCGUUUAAGCUGCGAAUCUGGGGAACAUUUGCGAUCUGCAUGCAUGCAUUCAACAUCGCCGUAACAAUGUCUUAG